CAUACCGACUGGACCUCUCUAUCUGACGGGCACAACAUGCACCUACACCCCGCUGCAGAAGAUUAAAAAUUGCAUUGCACAGACUAAAUAAACAGCUGUAUUAACAGUGUGUUUAGAUGACAGAGUAUGGGAGGUGUUUGAGUGUGUUGUUUGUGUGUGGACUCACCUCCCUGUGUGAAGUGGUACAGUCCCGUUAGUCUCGGUCUGAGUCCUGUGAGCUCCAGGCAGCGCAUAGCGGACACCGAGAGGCACCAACAUGCGGAUAAACUGCUCUUUACUAUAAAAACGGACUGUAUGAUGAACUUUUACCGCCUGGCUAUUUUACUGGGAGCUUCAGUGUGUGUGUGCGAUGGAGUACAUGUCACAGUGCCAGAGAAGCAGCAGCAUGCGAUGCUCUUCCAGGCCGUCGACCUCAAAUGUCACUUCCAAACGGCCUCCACUCAGACCCCGGUGGUGCAGUGGUGGUACAAGUCCUACUGUCGGGAUCGCACGCGAGAGGCCUUCACCAUGUCCGAGUCUCUCGGCGCCCAGGUCUCCGAUCUGGGAUCCACGUCCCACCUGGAGUGCUCCGACAAGAUCCGCACUGUUCGGAUUGUGGCCUCGGCGCAGGGACGCUCACUGACGCUGGCGGAGCACUACAAAGGCAGAGACAUCACCAUCGUCGACCAGGCCAGCCUGCGUAUCGGGAAGCUGGAGUGGGGCGACAGCGGCGUGUACUUCUGCAAAGUCAUCAUCUCUGAUGACCUGGAGGGGAAGAACGAGGGCCAGGUGGAGUUACUGGUGCUCGGCAGCACAGGUCAACAGGACGAUCUCCUACCUGAGUUUGAUGUGGCGAUUAUGCCAGAGUGGGCGUUUGUGGGCUCUGUGGUCCUGGGAAGCGUCUUGUUCCUGUUGUUGAUGGGGAUCUGCUGGUGCCAGUGUUGCCCUCACUCCUGCUGCUGCUACGUCCGCUGCUGCUGCUGUCCUGAAACAUGCUGCUGUCCACGACACCUAUAUGAGGCAGGGAGAAAAGCGAACGGUGUACCGCCCGCUCAGCCUCCUGCGUAUCCAUACUACAUUCCUGGUGUACCUACUGUGGUUCCUCUUGCACCUUCAUCCCUCAUGGACCCAAAGAUGGCCUCUAUCCCCUCAGUGGAGAACAACCUGCAUGGAGUGCGCAGUGGUUAUCGACUCAAAGCCAGUCCAGACCAGGACUCAAUGAAAAUUCUGUACUACAUAGAGAAGGAGCUGACUCAGUUUCCCUCUGUGAAGACGGCUGCACACGGACCCAGCAGCCUAUCAGAGCUGAGCUCUCUUCACGACGGCGGGAACACAGACUUCAGACACACCUAUCAGACGGUCCAGAUGAAGGCGCUCCCGCCCAUCGCGGACCACGACGACCAAUCGGUGCUGAGAGUGGCUCCGCCCACGCAGAGUCGAAGACCCAGACGGGACAGAGGCAACCUCUCCGACGACGAGCUCGACAGAAGGUGGAACACGCGCUCUGAGCGCCUGCAGAGGAAGACGUUAGACAGAAGGGGGCGCUCAGGAUCCCUGGACGAGCUCGAGGAUUUCGCACGAUCUUACGACUCCCGGGGUCGUCGGCCUGAGCCUCCGGAUCGGGUCUACGAGCGGGACUACAGCCCUCCGAGGCGUUUCUACAGAGACGAGGAUGACGGAUGGGACCGCCGUAGUCCAUCACCUUUACCGCAGAAGAGAAGGGACACGUGGGACAGCGAUCGCCCCUCUCGACCGCCCCGAAGAGACGGAUACGACGACGCCUUCCUCAACAGCGUGCUGGAGAGCAAGGCGAGGGGACGGGGAGGGGACAGAGGUGCAGGCAGGCCGGACGAGGACAGUGACACUCCCUCCAAAGGCAGCUCCAGAGGAAAGGGCAGCGGUAGUUACUACAGCCGGUCGCCUAGCAACCGUCCAGAAGAGGAUGACCCUUUGCCUCCUUACUCUGAGCUGGAGGCCGAGCGGUACCGCAGGGCUGACCUGACCGCGGACCGGUACCGCACUGUAGAGCCUCCCAGAUCAGAGCGAUACAGAACCACUGAACCAGCCGCGAACCGGCCUUUCUCUUACACCCGGCCCCAGCACGGGGCGUCACACACACUGCAGGGCAGCAGAGAGGACAGAGAUAGGAGCCGAAACAUGAACCUGAGCACUGCACUGAGCAGGGACUCUCUCAUAGUGUGAUUCACCAGCCUUCGACCUCGCACAGCACUGCCAAUCCGUUCAUUUAAACCGUCCUGUGGCUACGCAGGAGAGGGUAACUGUUCUGCCAUCAGCCUCAUGAAGUCUGGCGUAACUGCACCGACAAAAACAAGCAGCAUGGGAUGGAAAAUGCUGAGAAAUUAACGUGCACGAAGCAGCAUGUGCAGGCCAUUCUUCAUUCAUGCAUGUGGAGCCAACUACCAUCAGUUUUAUUUGUUGAUUUGAGUGACUGGAUUUACUUCAACUAGUGCCAAGAUGUUUUAUUAUUAUUAUUAUUAUUAUUAUUAUUAUGAUCUGCCAAUUUGAAAAUAUGUUUUUUAAGGAGCACGCCACAGUCUUAUAUUACAGAUUACACUCACGCUCAGGUUCACUUUGUGUUUGUGCGUUUUUCUGUUGUUGAUAUUUUACUGUAUGUACGUACUGUACCUUUUGAUUUGUUAUAUUGCACUGCUUAAAUACUUUUUAAAUAAAGAAAACCCUAAAGAAG